GAAUCACAGGAUGAGCGAGAGAGAGAGAAGAAAACAACAGUUAAAGCGAGGGCCGGGGACGGCUUGCUAUUAGCUGGAAGACACGGCUGUCAUGGGGCUUUCCAUGUCAAUGAAGGAAUCCCCAUUUCUUCUUCUUCUUCUUCUUCCUGCAUAUCUCUUUCCCCUCUCUUUCUCUCCCUAUAAAACCCCCACCCUUCCGCCAUUCUUUCCACAACCACACUCACAAAACAACCCUCUUCCUAAUCCAUCACCACCACUAGGUCUUGCUAUAUAGUGGCAGUGGGAGUAUGGAUCACAGCACUCUCUCUUUUCUCUUCCAUCUCCUCACGCUCGCCGCCUAUGUAUCAGCCCUACCGGCCACCUUCCUCCAAGACUUCCGCGUCACUUGGGCCGACACUCAUAUCAAGCAGCUGCAAGGUGGCGCCGCCAUUCAAUUGACCCUCGACCAAUCCUCAGGAUGUGGGUUUGCUUCCAAGAGGCAAUACUUGUUCGGGCGUGUGAGCAUGAAGAUUAAGCUCAUUCCCGGAGAUUCCGCCGGAACCGUUGCCGCCUUCUACAUGAAUUCCAAUACCAGCGGUAUCCGCGACGAGCUGGAUUUUGAGUUCUUGGGGAAUAGGAGCGGACAUCCUUACACGGUACAGACCAAUGUGUACACCCAUGGCAAAGGCGACCGGGAGCAGAGGGUCAACCUUUGGUUUGACCCCGCCUCCGACUUCCACACCUACUCCAUCCUAUGGAACCACUACCACGUCCUAUUCUUUGUGGACGAAGUGCCCAUCCGAGUGUUCAAGAGCAACCAAGCCCGGGGCAUAGCGUUCCCCAAGUCGCAGCCCAUGGGAGUGUACUCUACGCUAUGGGAGGCCGACGACUGGGCCACGCGAGGAGGGCUCGAGAAGAUCGAUUGGAGAAAGGCCCCAUUCCACGCUUUCUACAAGGAUUUCGACAUCGAGGGCUGUCCCAACCCUGGCCCAGCAAGCUGCGCUUCAAACCCAAACAACUGGUGGGAGGGCCCGGCAUUCCGUCAGCUCAGUGCGAUCCAAGCCAGGAAGUAUAGGUGGGUUCGUGUGAACUACAUGGUCUACGACUACUGCACCGAUAAGUCUCGAAACCCGGUCACCCCGCCAGAAUGCUUGGCCGGAAUUUGAAGCACUAAGAAUGAAGAAAAUCGGACGCAAGGCCUAUAAGUUUGCUUGCCUAAAGGCAUACUAUAAGAUGGUGUGUUGUCUCAUUUGGUGGCUAUGUAUCAAAUAUUGUGCACUGUUGUUUAAUUGUACCAAUGUAAUGUAUUCGAAUUGUGUUUAUUUGUCAA